CGCAGAGCCAGAGAGAGCAGCCGGUGAUCGAUCAGCCCAGCCUAGUCCCAAGAGAGGCUGAAGCUCCAACGCAGAAACAACGCGAGUGGAAUGGAGUUGGGUCGUAUGCUGUUGAUGCUUUUGACCUUAACGGGAAGCACAUCAGCGCUGAUCGAGCAGUACAGAGCGGUGGAUUGGCUGAGCAGGUAUGGCUACCUUCCUCCCCCCGACCCGCGCACAAGUAAACUGCAGACCAAAAAGGGGGUUGAGAAAGCCAUUCGUCUCAUGCAGAGAUUUGGCGGGGUCCAGGAAACCGGGGUUCUCGACAAGGAAACCCUCAAACUCAUGUCUACGCCUCGAUGCUCUCUCCCUGAUUUUGUUGGCAAUGAGGACAUGCUGAAGAGGAGGAGGAGGAGGAAGAGAUACGCCCUGUCAGGCCUUAAGUGGCAUAAGACAGACCUAACAUGGAGUGUCCACAGCUACCCUUCGCCCUCCCUCUCACCCGACCUGUCCAGCAGUAGCGUGGACACGAUCCUGACUCACGCCUUCAAAGCCUGGAGCGACGAGGCCCCCUUGAGUUUCCGGCGGCUGCCGAGUGACAUCAGGGGGGCGGCAACUGGAGGGGACAUCAGAGUGACUUUUGCCCGCUUGCUUCACGACGACGGGUACCCUUUUGACGGGCAGGGUGGUACCCUGGCCCACGCCUUCUUCCCUGGCAGGGAUGAAGUGGCGGGUGACACACACUUUGAUGAUGAUGAGAUCUGGAGCUAUGGAGGUGACAGCGGCAGCACAGACUUGUUCACAGUUGCAGUGCACGAGUUCGGGCACUCGCUGGGCCUGUCCCAUUCCUCGUCCGAUCCGUCCAUCAUGAGGCCCUACUACCAGGGUCCUGUACAAGACAUCCGAAACUACCGGCUGGCCCUGGACGACAAGCACGCCAUCCAGCAGCUUUAUGGUGUGAAGGACCGCGGACCACCAGGAGGUGGUGAUCCUGACCUCCCACGCCUGCCCAGUCCACCUCCUCCAAGACCAACACAGCCUUCUGAACCCUCAUUCAACGAGCGCUGUCAGGGAGGCUUUGAUGCAGUGGCAAAUAUCAGGGGAGAGGUCUUCUUUUUUAAAGGUGCACACUUCUGGAGAACUAAGCGAGACGGGUCUUUGGUGUCCCUCAGGCCGGCUCAGAUCAAAAACUUCUGGAACGGCCUCCCGCCGGGAACGAAUAAGGUCGAUGCAGUGUACGAGAGAAAGAGUGACAGCAGCAUCGUCUUCUUUAUUGGAUCUCAGUACUGGGUCUUCAAGGACACGGACGCCAUGAGUGGCUACCCUCGGCCCAUCUCCGAAUGGGGCAUGAGGACAAAGAGCGGGGUGCUGGUGGACAGAGUGGAGGCAGCCUUCAUCUGGGCCCACAACGGCAAGACCUACCUGUUCAGCAGUGGGAGGUUUUGGAGGUUUGACGAGAGCCGUAAAGGCGAACGUGUGACCCGGCAGCCAGAGCCGGGCUACCCGCGGAACAACAGCCUCUGGGGAGGAGUGCCCACCCACAUGGAUGACAUCAUCAGCUGGGGAGCAGGAGAUGCCUACUUCUUCAAGGACAACCAUUACUGGGUGCUGAAGAACGGAGGAAUGAACCAAGAAGUCGUCACUCCUAAAUCGAUCGCAGUAGACUGGCUCAGAUGUCCAACUCCUCCUGCAACCUCCACUCCUCGAAUCCCAAAGGAGUGCCACUGUGAACUGAAGGGAUCAUCUUCAUUUCUAAGAAGCAGCUGGACCCUACUGAUCAUUGUCAUAUUGGUAAUUCAUGACUUUACUAGAAAAUAAGUAGUUUGAAACCAGGUGGCUGCAGACACUCUACAUACUAGUGUCAGAAAAAUGUUGAAUAACUGCCUUAGCUUAAGCAUUUGAGGCCUGUGUUACUGUAAAUACUUUGCCUUAUCAGAACGUAUCGCUGACGCACGAAAACAGUACAUUUUGCGUCCUCCCUCUGUCCUGCUAUAGAAUAUCCCCCUCCUUUUUCAAGAGAAAGUGUUGGAAAGCACUCCCGACCCUCCUAAUGAGGUCUUACAAAACAACCUCAUUCUUACAAAACCACCUCAUGUUUGGACAGUAAACUGGCCACUCAAACAUAAGUGCAAUAGUCAAUUUCUUUAUCAGAGCUAUUUUUUUUUUCGAUUAUGUUUGAGCAUACACAUAUGUACAGUACAAUCAGAAAUAUGGUUAGUUAAACUCAUAGUGUGUUGAGGUUUGUUUUUUAUAUUUUUUUUUUGUUUGAUAUUGUACAUGUAAAUGAUUUUCAGGCAAUCAGGAAGAAAAAUCGUCUUUUUUGUUGGCAAUCAAAGUGAUGUUAUUAUUGCACAGAGCAGUUGAAUUCAAUCAGUCGCUUACUUGGUAAGAGUUCAAAGCAGAGUGACGGCAACGGGUAUUCAGUCUUUGGGGGCAAACUAAGCAGGCAAGGGGCGGCCAGGUAUCUGAAAUGAAGUUCAUGACUAAAAGAAACUGCGCAGAAAUAGUCAUUUAUACAGAUUCAAGCUUCAUGUUUUUUCACAUUUGAGUUCUUUUACACUGAUUCGAUUACAAUCAUGUAACAAAAACAUUUUAUUCUUGUAUUUGAUUAUUUAAUUUGGUCACUGGUGUCCUUUUGAGGUGGAUCAAAGCGUUGCAGAUGUAAUGCAGUAAAUCAUUUCAUGCUUAAAGGGACAGUUCACCCCAUAAUUAUUUCAAAAAAAUCUAUAACCUGUAGUGCUAUAUAUCAAUUGAGGUUAUUUAGUGUGAAUUACCUAGUUUUGGAGAUAUCGGCCUUAGAGAAGGCCGACAUCUUUAUGGUGAACUGUGCCUUUAGAGUUAGUAGGGUUUAGUGAUUUUGAUUGAACGUAGGCCAUAUUGUACUUACUAUAAAGGUAUGGCGUGGAUGUUGCACUGUUGCUGCAGGUCUGUAUGCAAGAACUCAACAGGUCCAUGUUUGAGUGACUAUGAGCCAGUACCAUGAUUAAAAUGUCAGAGUUCUUUGA